AUGUGUCAGGGGAAGACAGCCGAUGAAUUGAUUGAUCCGCCUGACAUGGAGAAACUGGACAAUGGCAGCGCGACGACGUCGCCGUACCUUCCACUGCCGUCCCCCGACAUUCUCGCCGACCUAGACCUGGGCCUGGGAAUGUGCGGGAUAGCGUCCAGUCCUCCAACCACCAUAAGAGGUUCGUCGUCCGGUGUCCAGGCGACCGAGGUCCAGGAAGCUGUUGCGCAUCCCAGUCUCAACCGGUCGAAUCAAUUGCCGUCGUCGGAUGCGUGCCAUCCUGGUCACAGUAAGGAUGUCAGUGCCGACCCCCCAUCCCCAGAGCAUUCUAAGCGUCCGCAGACUCGGAUUGAUGACAUUCUCUCCUCUUUCCUGGGCGAUUCAAGCGAAGCCUUAGAUUCGGCGCGCCUUGUCAAAUUGGUUCUUGCCAACCAACAUCUGAUUGAAGAGCAACAGACCGUCUCGGCGAAGCGGUCGCAAGUACGCGAGCUCCGACAAGCCCUGAAAUACAAACGGGAGGAGGAAUCAAUUCUACGGACGGCCUUGAUGAAGAAACUCAACGCUCUGUUUGCCCAGCAGGACCUUUCUAAGUCUCUGGUCCAAGAUUACGAAGUCUUGCAGCUGACCACCGAGGCGUACGUACAGCUGGAAUACAGUUACCACGACGCUGAAGACGAGCUGGAGCAACAAGAAUACAGGCUUGGCAAGUCCAUGAAAAGGUUCGCUAGCCUAUCAUACAAGAGCCCAAUGCGCACCUCCCUGGACUCUAUCAAACAUACCUUGGAAGAUGCUUCUCCCGACGACAGUGAUGGCGCUUCCUCUAUGGCCACUACCGCCCAGAACCACCCUCAGAGUAUGGUCGAUUAUCUCUCGCGUAUGGGGGAUGUUCGUCUACUUCACGAACAUCUCAUGGAUCUGGACUCUCAAUGGCUCGCCAUCAUGGAUAAACAUAAACAGCGGAGCCCCCUUCAUCUGCCUCUUGAUGACGAAUCUUUGGAAUUUCUCCGCACCUACGACGAAGAAAGGAGGAAGAUGUGGUACGAGCUCAGUCAUGCACAGUUGGACGUCAAUCAACUUCGCUCCAUCUGCGAGGAAAAUGGUCUGUUAACCGACGAUCGCACGGAAAGCUUGGGGUUCCUGUACCCCUUAGACUCCGAAAGUUCCGCCAGGCUAAGCGAUGAUCCUCUCAAGCUCUCCGUCGAUGAAGGCUCCUCUUUCUUCUUCGAACCUCAGACAGCGGCCCAGCUCCAUCCUACCAUGUUUAUCAACAAGUGGCUUCUACACCAACUCCGCAGCUCAUCCGUUGAAAUUCACCGGCUGAAAUCGCGUCCCGAACUCCAACCCCUAUGGGACCGAGGCUUCGACGACACCAGCAUCAGUCGCUGGGCUCUUAGGGAGUGGUUCAGUGACGAUGCGGGCCUCUCCUCACGACCUCCCAGUACUCUCCCACUGAAUGAAGAACAAAUCCCGACCACCGAGUCCGUCUUAUCCCCAGAGAAGAAAAGCAAACCGGUAUUUUCAAAAAGCCGCUCCGUACCGCUUCUUCGCAAAGUCUCAGUCGCUCACAAGCUUCGACAUUCGUAUUCCACGUCGUUUCGCAAUCGCUGA